AUGUCGCCGUUUGGUGUUUGGUCUCUGCUGACCGGCGUCUCGAUCGGAGCUACGGGGUUUAGUAGAGUACAGUUAACAAAAGCAUUGGUGAUACCGAACAAUAUAAAUACUCUUAUCAAACGUUACAAAUCGCUAAAACAGUCAGUGCUCAGAGCUGAAACCCCAGACGUGACGAUAUUAAGCAAGAAUUAUCUAUUCACGGACAGUGAUUUCCAAAUUCAGCCAGGAUUUCUUCGGAGCAUACGGAGUGACUUCGGUGCGAUAUUAACCCAGAUACAGUUCAAUUCGCCAGAGGAAGCAGCAGCCAUAGCGAACAGUGUUAUCCAAAAAUCAGGAGCAACCGUUUCCAAUGUUCUUAGAUCUGAUGAUUUUGAAAAUUCAAAAAUGAUAAUUACGAAUGUCAUUUCAUUCAAAGGCCUCUGGCAGUCGCCUUUUAAUGUUACGGAUACAAGAGUAGAAGCGUUUUAUGAUGAGAACGGAAAUGAAGUCGGCAAAGUUAACAUGAUGUUCCAGCAAGGGGAACUCCCGUUUUCAAGAAUAAGUCAAUUAAAAGCCACAGUUUUGGAGUUGCCUUACGGGGAUAACACCAACUACUCGUUUUUAGCCCUCCUGCCGUAUCCAAGUGUUAAAGUAGCUGAUGUGUACAAGGGUUUAGCUACAGUGAGCCUUAAGGAUAUCCUAGCGAUACUUCAAAGAGACAUUGACAACUGGGGCUUGUCCAGCAUUUAUGUCAGUUUGCCGAGGUUCAAAAUUAGUUCUAACCUAGUUCUAAAUACACCGCUAAAUUAUAUGGGUGUUUACGAUAUUUUCGAUCCAAAAAAAGCUAGUUUCGAGACUAUUACAAAAUCAAAUAACAUAUUCGUGUCAGCGAUUGUACAUAAGGCUGAUAUAGAAGUCACAGAGUUUGGGACAGUGGCGUCUGCGUCCACUUCCGCAUACUUUUUAGAUCGAAUGAUGCCGCCCUCCUUCCACGCAAAUCGGCCAUUCAUAUAUUUCGUAAUUGAAAAAACUACAGCGACAAUUAUCUUUAGUGGUGUUUAUUCGAAACCGUCGAUUUUUUAA